UGAAUUGAUUAGCACUCAUUAGACGAGAGGGGGGGAGCAAAUUUUUCAGAUCACCUGCUGUUGUGUUUGGCUGAGAUAAAAGCCGAAGGCUAUGUAUUAGACUUCCCAUGGCACACAGUUGAAAACACUCCCUAAAGUCCUUUAUUGGGCUCAUUAGGUAUUGUCCUCAUCUUCUUUAAUUAAAAAGCGGGCUGUAGAACUUUGCUGAAUAAAGAUGGACGACGAGCUGGAGAAUUUUAUCAAGGAGCACAAGGCGAGAGUCGCAGAGGAUAAAGUCAUUUUAGAGCAAGACCCUCCUUACAUGGAAAUAAAGGCGAAACCACACAGAGUCUAUGGAUCAACUGUCAAGGAGAACAUCCCUCCCAAGUCUGCUGCUCAGGGGAAAGAGGAUAGUUGCAGCGUGGGUCUACCUCUUGGUGUUGAGUAUGAGAGGAAGAAACAGAGGCUGCGACAUGAGCUCCGUAUGGACUACAGGCGCUACAUGGCUCAGAAAAAACACCUUGACCCUGCAGAGUCUGGACCAUUGAUUCACCUUGAUAACAGGAAGUCUGUCAAGCAACACCUGCUUGAAGACCAGGCAGGUGUUCUUCCCAAAUAUCACUGCCCCUUGCAGAGGGAUGCAGCCAUUCUGACAGAGGACAACUGGGGGUUGCACAGAGCUGUGCGCUACACUGAAGUUAAGACCCUCUCCCCUGAGGAGGAUGAGGAACAAUCUUCAUUGCGUUCUAGGCAUCAUGACAGGCUGGAGAGGCUAGUGGACCAGGAAACGGAGGGUGAGGAGAACUUCAUAGAGGAGCUGGAGCUGAUGGAAAGCAGAAAGCAUAGACAUAGCAGGGAGAAGAAGGAUGAUCCUGUAGAUGUUGCUAGAGGGGGCAGGAGAUUAAGAGUACUGGCCAAAAAUGAGGAUGCCGAGUUCGCCACUGGCCUUAUAAUAGGUGCUGCUGAUACAGAUGAGGCCUUACAGAAGAGGAAGGAGCGCUAUAGACAGGAGCUGCAGGAGCAGAUAGCUGAGCAGCACAGAAACAAAAAGAGGGAAAAAGAUUUGGAGCUGAAAGUUGCCGCAACUGGGGCAAUUGAUCCUGAGAAACAGCCCGACAGAAUCAGACAGUUUGGACUGAGCCGGAGAAAAGAUCAUCAGAUAUUUCGGCCUUCAGCAACAGGAGGGAGUGAAUCGUCAUCCCGAGGUCUACCCAAUAGCAACAAGAUUGGUAUUGGAGAAACCCCUCCUCCAGAGCAGCCCCAUAUUGCCUUCCAGUCUCCCCUGCUGGAGUACAGCUCUGCCCUGGGCCUGGGCGUAGGCGGUCUGUCUCCCAGCAGUCAGCCUUCUGCUGCAUCCUUCCCCAGAGCCAUGGACACUCCCAGAAUUCCUUUGUUGCCUCCACAUCCUCCUUCAACACUCAGUGAAGCUUAUAGAAGCCUGCAUACAGAGCCUCAUCACUUCUACAGCAACAGAAACCUGCUUGACCCAAACCCAGCUUUCUGCCUUCCAAUGUCAUAUUGGAGUGUACCACCAGGGGGAGCUGUGCCCAGCCAGUUGGGUAACCACAGUCCUCACAGCCAGCACAGUGAAAGCAGCUUCCCUGAACGCCCAAUACAACCCAGCGAUGAGGCUGCUACUGUGGACUCACAGGAUGGGGUUUUCCCGUCAGAGAGAUCCAGACCAACCAGCGAGAGGGUCCUGAGCUACAGAGAUGCUCUCAAACACCAGAUCCAGGAGCAACAGGAACGCAGGCGCUUGGAGAGGGAGGAGAAGGAGCGUUACGAAGCCCAGCUGGAGGCUGACAUGAUAAAUCACCAACCCUGGGGUCGAGGUGGGGGAGGAGCCCCUUUGAGAGACAGCACUGGAAAUCUCAUCGCUGACCUCAACCAGAUGCAUAAGAUGAAUGAGGAGGCCUACAGCAACCCAGAGCAGUGGCAGAAGAGAGCCAUGAUGCCCCACCAUGUCGUGCUCCCUGACCCCAAUGAGAGGGUCUCUGGAUUCACCCAUGUCCAAACCCCCCAGUUUGCCAGAGGCAAUGUGUUUGCCAACCAGCCCACCCAACAGCAGCUCCAUGAACAGGACAAGUACAAAGCUUGCCUCAAACAGCAGAUUGAGGAGAAAAUGCAAAAAAAAGCAGAGGAGAGGGAACGGAUCAGACUGGAGGAGGAGAAAGAGGAGAAGAGGUUGGCAGAGCAGAGGGCUCGCAUCCAGAGGGAGUACGAGGAAGAGCAAGAGAAGAGGAAACGAAAGGAAAUGGAGCAAAAGUCCAAGAAUGAGGAGCUGAUUCAGUUGGCUGAACAGAGGAAGAAGGAAGCGGAGAGAAAGAAGAAGGAAGAAGAAGAGGAGGAGAAUGCAGCACUGAGGAGGCAGUAUGAGAGCAGCCGGCAGCCUCAAGUGGAGGAGGUCCGCAGGGAGCCCUCACCUCCAAUCCCCACCCUGCAGAAGAAACUUGGGCUACACCAAUACACCCCCAGACCCCCCACUGUUGCCAGCCAGCACUCUCCUGCCCCCCUGUCUGUGAGGCACCAUACACCCAAUCACAGAGAGGGCUCUUUGUCUGGUCUCCAUUCGCCUCCUGUACCUGCCUGUAGGAACCAACUUCGAGCUGCAGGUGACCAGCGUGAUGUGUUCAGUGAGCUGUCAGUGUUGCGCCGGCAGCUUCGCAGCGAACAAAAGCGACUGGAGGGCUGCCUGCAGCAGGGCAACUGGGAGGAUUUUGACUCUCAUCCAAGUGUCAGACAUCGGGAGCGUCCCCCGGUGGAUGUGUUUGAUAUGGCCAGGCUGCGGCUUCAGGCUCCUGUGCGAAGGCCCAACUCCAGAAACAUGGAGCCGAGAGACUUGCUGCGGGUCCACAAUCCCAUUCAGCUCAAAUACUCAGAUGGAGACUCCAGGCUGGGCUCCAGUGAGGCUCCUAAGCUGGAGGACGUGUCCAGCAGGAGGAAGCGGGACUACAAGGAUCCAUACAACCAGUUCAGCAGCCAGGGGGUUACAGUCCAGGAUGAUUAUUUCAACCUGUCGCCACCACAGCAAAACGAUGAUCUGAAGAGGAUGAUGGGGGGAUUUCCAAGAGGUUCUCUGCUGGAGUCGGAGAGUGCUUUUAUUGACCCCCUAGGUAAUGAUUUUCCAGUGCACCCUAUGCCAGACCUCAAAAACACACCUCAGUUGUCAGCCAGGGAGAGGAGGAGGAUAGCCAAACAGUCGCAGCAUGCCCAGGAACGAGCACCUUCCAGCCAGCCCACUGGUUACCGUGAUGAAUUCUUUGCCUACACAGGCAACAGGCUGCAGCUGGAAUCGGAGACCAGCGGUGACAGGACAGGCCGCAGCAACAACAUAUCUGGGCCAGUGGGUCUCUGAUGAUGAGUCCUCUCCUCCCCGGUAUUCGCCUGACAAUCUUAACUAUCAAAGCUCUGUAGAAACAGAUGCCUGGUUGCGGCCGGGAACAUCAGAAACACUUAAGCGUCUAGACCGUCCAUCAAGAAGGGAGCAGUUGACAUAGGACUCUGUUCGAGCCUGAGAAAUGCUUCAAUUUAGAACCCCCCCACCCCCAUGAGUGGUUUUAGCUCGUGGCUUGUGUGACAAGUAGUCGGUAUGAAUGUCUGGAAAAAUGGUAACUUUUCAUAUGUAUGUUUUUAACUCGGUUUACAUCAGAAAACCUCUGAACUCUCACUGAGAACUUGUAUGUUCUUGUUUGUGGGCAUUUAUUAUGACUAAUUUAUGUGCUAAAUAAAUUAUUUUAAUUAGUUGAA